AUGAGCUCCUUCCAAGCUGAGAGAGAGCCGUUGCUCUCCCAAGUGCCGGUCAAAGUCAUCACAUUUGAGCCCAACGAUCCAGAAGACCCGCGCAACUGGCCGGCAGCGCGAAAAUGGCUUAUGGUUGCUGCGAUAAUACCUAUAGAUCUCAGUGUCUCUUGGGGUGCCAGUGGAUUUAGUCCUGUCGCGGGUGACUUUGCAAAAGAUAUGGGUGUAUCACCCAGCGUCGCAUUGCUGGGGCUGAGCAUGUACGUGCUUGGACUAGCUUCUGGACCUAUGACUCUAGCACCACUCUCAGAGUACUAUGGACGCAGGCCUGUGUACAUUGUGUCUUAUGGCAUAUUCCUACUCAUGCUUCUGGGAACGACAUAUGUUGAGACUCUAGGACCGUUCCUUGUCUUGAGACUUUUCUCUGGUUAUUUUUCUUCAACAACGAUAUCGAAUUUCGGCGGAACUAUCGCAGAUCUCUUCCAUCACAACGACACGGGCCCAGCAAUGUCCUGGUUUCUCUGGGCAGCCACAGGUGGCAGUCCAACUGGCUUCGUGCUCUUUUCCUUCAUUGCAAAGGGCAGGUCAUGGCACGAUGUGUUUCGGGUCAUGCUGGUCAUCUGCUUCGCGUUUUGGAUCAUCCUGGUUAUAACUCUGGGCACUUUGGGAGAGACUCGACACAGUGUGAUAUUACUGAGAAGAGCGAGAGCGCUACGCAAAGCAACAGGAGACGACAGCCUAGAGGUACCGGAUGCGCUGAAGCAGCGAGGACCGAAACAACUGUUCGGCACCGCACUUGCGAGGCCAUUCCGAUUUCUCGGCACUGAAGCCAUCGUUCAGUUUGGUGCUCUAUAUAACGGCUUUCUAUACGGGCUUUCAUUCCUGUUCAACGGCGCUUUUCACAUGAUCUUCGGACCAAGUGGCUACGGGUUUGACACUAUUGGCGUUGGUAUCUGCUUUCUUGGGAUAGUUGUGGGCAUAACUAUUGGUCUCAUGACAAACGUCUUUCAAGAAAGAUACUACCAAUGGCGUGUUGCUCAAGCCAAUGGUCACGAUGUCCCAGAAGCACGGGUGCGAUAUGCAAAGCUAGCCGCUAUAGUGCUGCCAAUAUCCCUCUUAGUUUUCGCGUUCACAGCUACGCCGCAUAUGCACCCACUCUUUGCAGUACUUGCUAGUGCCUUCUGGGGAUGGUCCUUCUAUACUCUUAUACUCAUGACCCUUACAUAUACCGAGGAUGCCUAUAAGACGUAUUCAGCGUCAGCACUUGCUGGCAUCGGCCUCAUCCGAAACCUGGCUGGGGCUGGUUUUCCGCUUAUCGGAAGACAUCUUUUCCUGAAUAUCGGCACUAGAAACGCAAGCUUAGUACUGAUGGCUAUCGCUAUCUGCUUAGCGCCUAUACCAUUUGUACUCGAGGCGCGAGGAGCAUCACUACGCAAGAGAAGUCCUUGGGCAGCCGCGCAUGAGGAUGAAAAUGAAGACGAUUGA